ACCUGACCUGUACCAUGCCAUCGGGACAUGCCAUGGAUGCUGGUGGUCAUAGUCAUGGCGCUGCCCCUGGCCCCGUGACGACUGCACCCUGUCGGGCUGCGGACACUAGUUUCUUGACUACUUUGGCUUAUUGUAUCAAGUCACGAUGCAAGGUCUCCAACGCGGAGAUCGAGAAGUACUGGUUCGCCCAAGUCGCCGGAGAUUUCAAAACUCCCCCAAAAUGGACCUACAAUACAACACUUGGAAACAUCCGCGGUACACCAAAAAUCACCUGGGCAUCCGGUCGCACCAUCAACACCACCAUGUUGGUACCACAAAGCAACUACAAUAUUCAAGUCAAUUGGAUUGAAAUCCAGGAGCAAAAUUCACACUACCUCUACAAGUACUCAAUCAUACUAUUGGUUGUCGGCUUUGGCACUCCCAUCGUCACGACCAUCCUCUCCAAAACUCCCAUUAUAGAAGCAAUUAUCGAGAAGCUCAAUCCUUACCUGGUGUACCCUUCAAUCAUCGGACGCUAUCAGGUUCGUCCACUUCCCUGGCUCCUUGGGAACGUACCGACCCUGGGGCAAUUUUGGUACAUUGCCAUGUUUAUCAUCCUCAAUGUCGUCCUAACCUGCACGAAUUAUCGAUUACUCGCUCCUCUGAAUCUCGGCAAACAUCCAUGGGGCUAUAACUGGCGCGGAGAAAUUCUGGCCUAUGUCGGAUAUCGCACUGGCGAAAUUGCGUUUGCCCUCCUUCCUCUGACUAUUCUCUUCGCCGGACGAAACAAUAUUCUCCUCUGGCUCUCUAAUUGGUCACACUCGACCUAUCUCCUCCUUCAUCGUUGGGUCGCGCGACUCUUUGUUGUCCAGACUGUCCUUCAUUCAAUUUUGCUUUGGGCAGCCAGGGUUCAAACCGGGACGUAUGCAAAGGACGUAAAGGAGCCCUACUGGCUCUGGGGAAUCGUCGGCACUGUUUUUUGCUGUGCUAUGCUAGUCUUUAGCCUCCUCUGGAUACGCCGCUGGAGCUACGAGAUCUUCCUUAUCGGCCACAUUAUUAUGGCCGUCUUUACCGUUGUCGGAAGCUGGUACCAUCUUGUUCUGCGCUUCGGCCAACCCGGCUCCCACGAGUAUUGGUUGUACGCCGCCUUCGCCGUCUGGGCCUUCGACCGUCUUGCGCGUGUCUAUCAUAUCGUUAAGAACGGCGUUAAACGAGCUACCGUCACUGACAUUGGCGCAAACCACGUCCGCGUCGAUAUUCCUGGGAUUCGAUUCAACGGCAAGCCCGGUUACUAUGGCUACGCCUACUUCCCUACCGUCAACCCAUUGCGGCCGUGGGAAAACCACCCCUUCUCGGUCAACUCCACGGCACUAUUACAGUCCGCAUGGCAUCGCCUCCCUAGCGCGAACAACUCCCUCCAUGGUGACUCCCCCCACCAGCACGCCAAGCAGGACGUCAAGGUCCAGGUCAAACCCGUUUCCUGCGAUCUGCGCACCACGGCCGGAAUCACCAUCUACGUGCGCCGAUCCACCGGCAUGACCAGGAGCCUGCAGAGCGACGCUAGCUUGCCCACCCUUCUCGAUGGCCCAUACCCGAACAACCCCACCGAGGGCGUGCUGAGCUGUGAUAGAUUGGUCCUUAUCGGUGGCGGCAUCGGCAUCACCGGGCUGCUGAGUUUCCUGCACGCGCACGUCAACGUCAAGAUUGCAUGGGGCGUUAAGCAAGCGGACGAGCCUAUCGUGCGCGAUCUGGACACCGUGCUGGCUAGUGUUGCAGACAAGGAGAUCCGCAUUGGCGAGCGGUUGGAUAUUGAUUCGUUGCUAAGGCAUGAGGUCGCGGCUGGGUACAAGAAGGUUGGUGUUGUUGUGUGUGGGCCGGGUUCACUGUGUGAUGAUGUACGUGCGAUUGUUGCCAGUUUAGGACGCCAUGAGAAGACGAUAGUGGAGCUGGAGGUUGAUGCUUUCUCAUGGUGAGAGUGCACUUUAUGCACUGCUGUGUAAAGCUGGUCGUAAUAUGCUACAUUAUGUUGUAGGGCGCACCGGCUAGCUUAAGACACCUCCUUCGUUUGAUGCCUAAGAGGACAUCGAAGGUGUCGACAUGAUGUGUGUUUCGAAUAUCUAUGAACUAGGCCAUAUUCUCGAACAGCACAUAGCUGAUUGGUAUUACGUAUGCCAGCGUUACUGUCAUAAAAGCUGUUGGUUUGGAGGAUCUCCGGGUUAUUUAGUUGCCUUCACAGUUGUUAUGAUCGCUGCCGUACCUCCGAAGUACAUAUAGAGUAUUUUGACCACCGUUAAAACGACUCCAC